AUGCGAUGGAAAAGUCUCGAAGAAAAAGCUCUUCGUACGAUUGUGUUUUGUUAUGACAGCGCUAGCUGGCAACGCGGGUUCGGCGACCCCACUCCGAGUUUUAAUGAUAAAAAAAUGCGUACAGGGGAGGCGGGUGUAAAUAAUGUUAUUGUUCUAGUUCUAUUAGCACCUGUAGAUAAUGGUAUAAAACCACGGAUGUGCACGGUUCAUUGCAAAUCUGUGCGUGCUCUAAUGCAGUGGUGUAAAACAAUACACCAUUUUCCAUGUACCGUUGCACCUUUCUCUAUUGUUGUAAUGGCAUCGAUGGAAUGA